CUCAGGCUCCCACGGGGAGCAGCCAGGCUGGACUGGGUGCAGCUUACGGACAUAGCACGUGCUGUGGGCGUCGGCCGCGGCUCCUCCGUGCAACGCUGACACUGCCGUCUGCAGAUCGCACCCGGUCAGGAGGGAAUGGCCCAGGCAGGUGGGCAAGGCCAUGGCUCGGCCAGGGUGGUCCUGCGGGCAGUACUGAGCCCGCCCUGCUGGGCACCCCACAGUCCCUGCAGCUCUCCAGCUGCCACUGAGGCCCGAUGCCCUGUGAGGAGGCUCCCACCUGUGGACGGCAGAAUGACGGCCCCGAAGACCCCCUUCCUCACCCUGGGACCUGUGAGUUCACACAGCAGCGGGGACCUGCAGCUGUGGACGGUCCAUCAGCUCCCUCAACAGGGAGGCUGCCCUGGGUGA